AUGUCGUUGGCCGUCCCCACGCUGGGCGGCGGCGAGCUGAAGCUGCGCCGCUGCCGGCCGGACCUGAUCCGCCGCUGUGACCCGGACUGGCCGCACCUCUCCGACCAUGUCAAAUGCUCGGCCUACACCUGGAUCGUCAAGGGCUCCGAGUCGGUGCGCUACAAGAACCCGCACUGCGCCGCCUGUAACGGCCACAACGAGACCGAGUGUAACGUGCAGCCGUUUAUCACGCCCGUGACGCCCGGCGAGCGGUUCGCCGUCUCCGCCGCCGUGCUGUUCGACUUCUACGGCGAGAGUGUGGGCCUGCAGCGCACCUGCAGCGUCGGUGAGGUGUGGGACGGCCUCUUCGAGCGCUGUUUCCCGCUGCACUGCGGCGCCAACUUCGUGCUCUCGGGCGACGAGUGUGUGCCGGCGCCGGACGCGUCCAACGCCAGCGACACGCUGCUGUCGGCCUGCGCCAAGAUCCGGCUGCAGCCGGCGCAGUUCGAGCGCCGCGCCAACGGCUCCGUGUUCGUGCUGGUCUACGACCGGCUGCUGGCGCCCGGCCAGUUCGAGGAGGCCGACGGCGGCGGCCUGCUGGUCUGCGCCGCCGACCCCGCCGGCGACAUCAGCUUCAAGUACAACCGCGUCCAGGAGCACAUCUCGUUCGUGUGCUUCACGCUGUCCAUCGUCUGCCUGGCGGCGCACAUCCUGGUGCACACCUUCUUCAGCAAGCUGAGGAACCUGCCCGCCAAAAACCUGCUGUCGCUCUCCUGCGCGCUGCUCAUGGCCCAGCUGCUCUAUCUAACCGGAAUCGUGCAGAACAGCAUUUUCUCGCUGUGUUUCCUGUUCGGCAUCAGCAUCCACUACUUCUUCCUGGCCGCUUUCUUCUGGAUGAGCGUCAUGAGCGUGGACGUCUGUAGGGCCUUCACCAGUGACACCUACCGUCCGGACGCCCGCCGUAAGUCGUUCCGGCUGUACUCGCUGUAUGCCUGGGGUCUGCCGGCGCUCAUUGUCGGCAUCGCCAUCUUCAUCGACCAGUCGGGCGUGCUCGCCUUCUACCGGCCGCGGUACGCCACUCACCUGUGCUGGUUCAACAACCCGUCGGCGCUGGGCCUGUUCUUUGCGCUGCCCGUCGGCGCCGUCAUCCUGGAGAACGCCGUCCUGUUCGCCAUCACCGUGCACGGCAUCUAUGUGCAGACGCGCGCCAGCAGGUACGCCAUGACUCGGUCAGAGAGCAUGGUGCGGUCCAAGGCCGGCAAGCAGCGCGAGGCGCCGCCGUCCACCGGCGCCCAGCAGGCGGCCAAGGGCACGCCCGCGCUGUCCAGCCGGCAGGCGCGCACCGAGAAGAUACGGUUCGCGCUGUACCUCAAACUGGCCCUGCUGAUGGGACUUGGAUGGAUUUUUGGCUUCGUAGCGCGGUUCGGCGGCCCCGACUGGCUCUGGUACCCGUUCCUCAUCUUCAACGGCCUGCAGGGCACCUUCAUAUUCGCCGCGUUCGACCUGAAGCGCAAGGUGCUGGCGGCGGUGGUGGAGCGCGUCACCGGCCGCCGGCCCGGCUGGGCGGCCGUCAGCAAGGACAGCGGCCCCAGCUCGGGCUCCUCGGGCCGCACGGCCGUCUCCAAGCUGUCCCAGAGCAGCCAGGACGGCGCGCGCGACUCGCGGCUGCGCAGGCUACCGGCCGCGCUGCGCGACAAACUGUCGGCCGGCUCCGGCCGCAGCCGGCGCGCAGCGCCACAGCAGGACUCGCCGAACAAGAGACGGUCCGGAGAGCAGAGCUCACCCAACAAGAGGAGGUCUGGGGAGCAGAAUUCACCGACCAAGAGGAGGUCUGGGGAGCAAAGCUCGCCAACCAAGAGGCGCUCAGGGGAGCAGGGUUCGCCGCAGAAGUCCCAGGACCCCUCGCCGACCCGGCGCCGGACGCAGGAGUCGCCACUGAAGCCCAAGCGCACCACGAAGCCGGACUCGCCGCACCAGCGGCGCGGCCAGCUGGUGCGCGCCCCGUCCGAGCUGGCGGAGCCGCUGCUGCUGCAGCUGCUGGCGGAGCCGCGCGCCGCGCCCGAGCCGGGCCGCCGCGCCGGCAGCUUCGAGUCGCUGCCCAGCAGCGAGCGGCUCGAGCACAAGAUCGCGGAGGCCAAGCGGCUGCUGCGGGAGCUGGCUGACGAGGAGCCGGCGGGGAAGCGGCGCGCGCGCGACAGACUGAGACGCCACGGCGCAGCGCGCUCCCCGCCGGGCCAGCACGGCGGCCGGCGGCCCGACGACAGGCGGGACAGGGACCGGGGCUCCGCCAGGGCCGCCGGCACCAGCCGCUUCCGGUAA